AUUGUGUUUGGCGAUGCUUGAACCACGCUGGAUUUGUAAUCCGCGUUUCAGAAAGUAAGCCCCGCAGCAGUCUUCGGACAUCGGACAAUUAGACUUGUCCCCCCUUGUGUACAUAUCAUGACACUCAAAUACUGCGAAGCACAAUUUCUAAUAUCCAACACCGGGCAUAAAAGUUUCGUUUUGGAGGGUGAUUUUGAAAAAAACAAACUUCUAAAAAGAAACCACAAUAUCUCGAAUAAUCUGGCCCAUAAUCCUUGUCUCGCACUUAUCAUCCAUCAAUCUUAAGUUCAAUAAGCUUCCUGUUAUGACAUCUGAACGCCCAGGGAUAGAUAUGUCGCUUGCAGGCAAAGUAAUCCUCAUCACCGGCGCAUCUAACGGCAUCGGUAAAGCCUGCGCGGAAAAAGUUGCGGCUCAGGGUGCUUCCCUUAUCAUUAACUAUAAUCACGACGCCGAAUCAGCUGAGUCUUUAGUGCGUUCAAUUGGGCACAGUCAAGCCAUCGCCGUUCAAGCCGACGCAGGCUCUCUCCAGGGAAUUACCAAAUUAGUCGAUGCUGCUAUAGCUAGAUUCGGCCACAUCGACAUCGUCAUGGCUAACGCGGGCAUAACGAUUGAACGGACUGUCCAGGACACUACGGAGGAUGAUUUUGACCGGACUUUUGCACUCAACGUCAAGGGGCCAUUGUUUCUGGUACAGAGAUCCGUCCCUCAUAUGCGUCAGGGGUCACGAAUCGUCCUCGUAUCGAGCUGCCUUACCCACUUCUCCUCUAUCGGCCCCAGCUAUUUGCUCUACGCUGCUGCAAAAGGUGCCGUCGAGCAGAUGACCCGUGCCAUGGCCAAGGAGCUGGCGCCAAAGGGCAUCAACGUGAACGCCAUCGCACCUGGGCCUAUCGCUACCGACGUUUUCUUUAGAGAUAACUCGGAAGAGACUAUUGCAGGCCUAUCAUCCGCUAGUCCUUUCAAUCGCUUGGGUCAGCCGGAAGAUAUCGCCAACAUCUUUAAAUUCUUAUGCAGUGCAGAUAGCGCGUGGGUUGCUGGACAGACUUUACUAGCAAGUGGAGGAUUGGUAGUAUAAAGUAGUGCUCGCCACCACGGACUUCGUAAUCAAUUAAACUGUGCAAUAGUCGUCUUUAUAUGGCAAUGGAUCUAGACUCUGCACUGUUAUCCAAGUUCAAUGUUUUUAAGUCCAUGAGAAUCAUCAGAAC